GCGGUUCACCUCCACCGUGUGGAUGGCAGAGUAGGCAUUCGUCGGUGAGCUCCGACUCUACCCCAUGGCUCUUCUCUCCUCCUCCUCACAUCGAACCUCUCUGGCUUCUUCCUGCCCUCAAUUCUAUGCUGCCACCUCCCACGCCGACUCCAUCGGCUUCCGACAUCGCUCGCGCCUCCCUACUAGACCGAGACCCCCAAUCUCCUUCCUUCGGGCCUCCUCCCCGACACACUCUCUCUUAGGCGCCAUUCCUCGCAGCCAUGGCCGACCUCGCGGAAGAUCCCCGCGUUUCUUUGUCUCGGCAUGUUCUAAAGCUGAUGCUGCUGGUUCCAGUACAUUAACAACAAAAUUGUCAGAAUUCAGAGAUUCAUGUUGGAGAUUUUUAAGGCCUCAUACUAUUCGUGGGACUGCAUUGGGUUCCAUAGCUUUAGUUGCAAAAGCUUUGAUGGAGAAUCCAAAUCUUAUAAACUGGUGGUUGACAUUCAAGGCAUUUUAUGGACUUGCAGCUCUUAUUUGUGGCAAUGGUUAUAUAGUGGGCAUUAAUCAGAUUUAUGAUAUUGGAAUUGACAAGGUGAACAAGCCAUAUUUGCCUAUAGCUGCAGGAGACCUUUCAGUUCAGUCUGCAUGGAUUUUAGUAUUGUUAUUUGCAGCAGCUGGCCUUCUGAUUGUAGCAUGGAAUUUUGGGCCAUUCAUUACUUCCCUUUAUUGUCUAGGACUUUUUCUAGGCACUAUAUAUUCUGUUCCUCCAUUUAGAUUAAAGAGAUUUCCAGUUGUGGCAUUUCUUAUCAUUGCCACGGUACGUGGCUUUCUUCUCAAUUUUGGUGUAUAUUAUGCUACUAGAGCUGCCUUGGGACUUUCUUUCAAAUGGAGUGCACCUGUCACUUUCAUCACAGCCUUCGUGACACUAUUCGCUUUGGUCAUUGCUAUAACAAAAGAUCUUCCAGAUGUUGAGGGAGACCGCAAAUUUCAGAUCUCAACCUUGGCAACAAAGCUUGGUGUCAGGAACAUUGCAUUCCUUGGUUCAGGUCUCCUAUUAGCAAAUUACCUUGGUGCUAUUCUUGUCGCAAUUUAUAUGCCUGAGGCUUUUAGACGCAGCAUAAUGGUGCCAGCACAUGCUCUGUUAGCACUGGGAUUAAUUUUCCAGGCAUGGAUUUUGGAACAAGCAAAAUACACCAAGGUUUUAAAUUGAGAUGUAGAAAAAGCAAAUAGAUGACUGGUGAAGAAUAUUGCUGAGAGCACAGCAUCCUUCUCAAGAAUAGUCUAACCUCUUAAAUUCUUGCCUUUAAAAUCCAAACAAUCUAAUGUGCAGAGCAAUUCAUACAAAUCCCUAUCUUGGUACAUUAUAUACAUUAAAUCAUUUACAGUCAUGAGAAGCUAGUUAAAGUUUACAAUCAUCGCUCUUAAAUCAUUGUUGAUUUGAGCAAAAUAAAUUUAGUCUUGGUGAAAACAAAUUUUAGUCCUCAAUUAGAUAGUGCUAUUACAAGAAAAACAAUUGAAACUAGGUGAGACAUGGCUGUGCCUGUGCCAAAACCAAUUUCUUACUUAGACCUGAUUAAUCUCAUAUCACCGGGAUGUUUCCUUGUGAUGCUUUUAAAUAAUUUUCAGUCAUCACUUGUUGAUUGGGUGAUAACAAGUGACUCAACCAGUUUAAGCUAUAAAAAGAAUUUGUUUGUCAUUAUUUAAUGA